AUGAGCCAACAACCAACCAGUACGAUUUCGGGUUCAUGGGUUUCAAAUAUUCAUGCCUACUUUAACCUUCCCAAUCCAAAAAUCUUCACACUCUUCAUCAUCAGCAGCACUGCCACUUUCUCACUAGGUGUCACCAUGAUCGUCGAAUGGACUUACCAUGGUCGAUACCACCCGGGAUACGAUUGGAUUGUUUGCUAUGCUCCGGUGAUGAUUGCUCUCCCCGUCCUCUCCUGGAUGAUAUGUCUUUCCUUCGCCUUUGCUUUCAACAAGGGUCAGGUUAAAUUGUUGUUACCGGUCACCGAUCAGUCACAGUUGGAACAACCACAAGAUGAGGUGAUGCAACAACUACCACUGGCAUUGCAUUAUCAGCAACCUGGGGUGGUGCAAGUCCAACCUGUUCAUGAUCACACAUCUGAUUCGAACUUAAGACGUAAGGGAAUAAAUAUAGAAUGUCUGACUGUGGAAACUGAUAAUAAGGAUGACACAGAGACUCUGAAAAGAUCAUGUUCUUUGCCAGUAUAUAGCACUCCAAUUGACAACAGCAAGAUUAAGCGUACAUCAAGUUUUUGA